AUAUAGAUUUGUUGAAGGCGGUCAGAGUUAAAAUUCUCCGUGUUUCGAGGAGUGUGUCAGAAUUUCUCGCAGUGUAUACUGCAUUAUUUCUGGAUAUCCAUAUCCACAAUUGCUUACAUCUACUUAUAAAAUAUACAUACAAGCCAUAUUCUCUCAGGUUAACACGUGCAUCAAGCAACUCCAAAGAUUAAGCAACAGUUUCCUAGCAUUGAAGUCCUUUAAAAAACCGCCAAAAUUUCAUUCUCCAGCUUCAAACAAUCUUUCACUUCAAAUGUUAAUUACCUAAAAAGGAGGUUCUCAUCCGGGGACCUCUCAUCAGAGCUGGACGAUGCUGCUUCCGAUGGAUCCACCUCGCUGCCUCCUACCCACGAAGGGCAAGUGUACAGUACGGCGACGCAAGAGGUCGGGGGAUCCCCGCGCGUGCCGGGCGGCCCUCCUCAGUCCCAGAGCGGAGGGGAUCUGUCGCUCAACCUCCGCUCCAGCUCACGCACUACCAGCGCGCCUUCCUCCCCUGCGAAAACACGGGAGUCUUUACUACAGCGCGUGCAGUCUUUAACAGGUGCCGCGCGGGACCAGGGGGCGUCGAUUCUUGGUGCAGCAGUAUCCACUGCAGGGACUGUGUCGACGGGAAGACCUACUUUUAAUAAAGACAAAUGUUCCACUUUGCUCGUCAUUGAUGAUCAAAAUACUGAUUGGUG